AUGAUCCAUGAAUGUACAGUUCUGCGAGCACCCAUUUUCAUUGCAUUCAAUGUAUACCAAGCAGACAAUACAAAACUCAGUAAGCAGCUCACAUUGCCCACUUUACAAGGCCAAGUGGAUUACCGUCUGGUGGGAGUAAUUUAUUUUGGAGGAUUUCAUUUCACCUGCCGCAUUAUCUCAACAGAUGGCAAAAUAUGGUUCAAUGAUGGAAGAGAGACAGGUAAAAAAUGUACAAAUGAGGGACAAUUAAAAGCAACAGCAACAGGUGUGUUGCGUACACUGGGAAAUAGGAAUAUGACAGUAGCAUUAUAUGUCAGGACAUGA